CACUCUCUCUCCCUCUCCUCUCUCACUUUCUCCCUCUUUCCCUCCCUCCCUUUCUCCCUCGGUCUGGCUGUCUCUGGAUGUGUACUCCCUCCGAAAAUUCACUUAGCUCUGAGUCUUAAACUUAGUACUUCGUUUUCACUUCAAACCUUAGCCAAAGCCGCGGAGUGCGCAAAUGCUUCAGUAGGUGCUGGCAGGAAGGAACAGUUGCGAUACGAAUGAAACGAAACUGAAAGUUUCCUAUUUAUAAAACAGUAAUUUCUUCUCGGUCAUUCCCAUUUGGAUCACAUAACGUAAAAACAGAGCUCUACCCAGAAGGCUGUCUUUGAUCAAAACUACGAGGAGCUGAGGUGAAGCAGUUACAGAAGUGAGAAAUAGAUUCAUCCCUUCUACUAGCAGCGUGACUCUGCAGAGAUGCCUUCCGGGGUUGAUAAUUGAACCCAUGGGACUUGAUGACAUCACCAAAUGAAGUAAUAUCGAGUGAAAAGAGCAAGGGUCACAAGCAAACCCUCAGAGCAUUUCUAAGGGGACAUGCAGUUCAAGAUAACCAAAAGGCAGCUGAUGAUGAAGCUGGGAAGAAGGACUGUGAUUAGACUAAAAUCAACUGAAGAGAUGAAUAAAAAAUUUGGGGAAAUUUUGCUGAGUGGAUUAGAAGAGCUGCAAAAUGAGGACUUUAAAAAAUUUAAAUUCUUUUUAAGUAAUGAUUGUUUGAUGAUGAGAGUUCACAAUCUUGAUAGAAUUGAUCUAGCUACAUGUAUGAAAAAACAGCUUCCUUGUCCCUCUUUUAUGAACAAGUUCAUUGAAAUAUUAAAAAAGAUGAACCUUAAUGAAACUGCUAAGAAGUAUAAAGAACAAAAAGAAGAAGUCCUUAAGAAACUGAAAAAGGAAAAUGAGAAGAAGCCAACAAAAAGGAAAAAUCAGGCCCAAACGAGAAAACCUUCUGAUGGCAAAAAUAGUGUUAACCCUCAGCUGACCAAGAAAGAUAGUCUGAAACUCAAUGAUGAGUCAAAGAAAAAUUGUGGUGCAAAGAGAACAAAAGCGACAACUGAGGAGAAGCCAGAAAGCAAAAAGAGGAAGCUAUCGGAAGUAUCCCACCAGAAAACAGAACCUGAAACUGGAAGAGAAUAUAGGCCCCAGACAAUGCCUGUUGGCAUGAAGGUGCUCAAAGUGAAAGAGAUAUUUGAGUAUGAAACUAAAGAAAAAAAGAAAACAAUGUUUCAUGCUACUGUGGCAAAUGAGCAUGAAUUCAUACGGGUGAAGGUUCUCAACGUUGAUGCCAAGAAAUACUUCAAGCAAAAAAAUGUCAUUGAGAUAUCAAAAGGUUUUUGGAAGAGUGGUUUCCUAGAAGUAAACAAAUCCUCCAAAGUGAUAGAUUUGGGUGCUAACGGAGAAAUGGAAGUCCCCCAAAACAUCAUCAGAAAAGCAUCUCAGACCCCAAAGAUCCAAAGUCUUUUAAAGCUUAAAAAUAAAAAAGAGAGAAUCUAUGUGGAUGGUGUCUAUGAGAUUAAUAAGAAAACUGAGACAGACAAAUGUACAAUCUUUGUCGUGAAGGACAAUACAGGAACAAUUAAAGUGGUGACAUUUGGCAAAUGGGCCAAAAUAAAGUGUGAUGAAAGAGACAAGCUUCGACUCACCUGCUUUGAGCUGUGUGUUUGGGAUGUAAAAGAUGAAAUACAGCUGAAAUCUGUAACUCACAGUUAUGUAAAGGUCAUCAAGGCCAAGAAAUGACAGCUCAAGUGAGAUCAACUUGGCAAUCCUGAUACUGACCUGGCCUAUAUUGCUAUUUAGAAGCUACUACUGCAAACACGAGAAUACAUUUAUUAAUAAUCAGAGCAUGAAGCGUGGGGGCAAGGCCCUGGGUUUAAUUCUGCCUCCACACACUUUAUUAGUAUGUGACCUUGAACAAAUUAUAUUUGUCAGAGAAUGUCAGUUUUUAAAAUUAUUUGUGUCAAUAGACAAGCCUUUAUCUUCUCUCCCUCCCAUAUUUCCCCCUCCUCAUUGAGAAGGAAAAGAAAAAGAAAAACAAAACCCUUGCUAUAAAUAUGCAUAGUCAAGCAAAAUAAACUUGCCCUUUGGCCAGGUCCAAAAA